AUGUAUCAGGUGCGGGGGACUAUCCCCACUGGAAACACCCUGGACAGGUCGUCAGUCCAUCACCAUGUCCUUGGACUACGGGAGGAAAGCCAGAGGAAACCCAAACAGUCACGGGGAGAACAUACCAACUCCACGCAGAAAGACCCUGGUCAUCUGUCCAGGGAAUGGAAGCAUUUGCAUCCCUCGCCGGAUAAAGAGAGGAAGCGGGAUCCUGAGACUCCAGUUCAGAGGAAGAAACACACACAGGACGAUCGAAACAUCACCGAAAUGGAGAGAAUCAUAAUCAUCAGCCUGAUCUCAGUUCUCUGUAGUCUCUCUGCUUGUGCUCCUCAUCAAUAUCACCUCAUUAAUGAAACGAAGAGCUGGACCGAAGCUCAGCGUUACUGCAGAGAGACGUACGUUGACCUGGCUACUGUCCACAGCAUGGACGAGAUGAAGGAGCUGAACAAGACCUUAAAGAAUUCCUCCAUUUCUGGAGCUUCUGUGUGGAUCGGACUGCAGAGAGGGAACACCGAGAAGUGGACGUGGUCCCUGGCCGACACAAAGUUUUAUAAACAGGGAGAGACGGAGUUUAGAAAGUGGAAGACGGGAAAAUCCGAUGAUUCUCCAAAUAAGGAUAAGGACUGUGCUGCACGGUACAGAGAUGGUUUCUGGCAUAAUGAGAAAUGUGAUAAAUCACAAAAAUACAGCUUUACUUGUUACGAUGGAGUUAGAGACUCUUACUACUCUCAGCGUACGCAGAAGAGCUGGAGUGAAGCUCAGAGGUUCUGCAGAGAGAGAUACACAGACCUGGUCAGUGUGAGGAACGACAGUGAGAACAGUAAGUUUGCUCUAAGCACCCCUAGCUGGAUCGGUCUGUUCAGAGACUCAUGGACGUGGUCAGAUAAGAGCAACUCUUCAUUCCGACACUGGACAUCAGACCAACCUAACAAGCAUGAUAGGAAUGAGAACUGUACAGCUGUUCGGACGCGUGGAGCAGAUUUCGGUCAGUGGGAGGAUCUGAACUGUGAUAGACUGAAUCCGUUCGUGUGCAGUGGUGGAACUUCACAGCAGCUUCCAGUGAGCACUACAGUGCUUCCUGCUGGACCGAUGAGCACAACACGUGUCACACAAACACCUCCUGGACCUCCUGUAACGUCACCUGGCAAACAGCAGCUUCCAGUGAGCACUACAGUGGCUCCUGCCUGGCCGAAGAGCACAACACGUGUCACACAAACACCUCCUGGACCUCCUGAUACUUCAACUAGUGAACUCUCAGUGACCACUACACUGUUUCCUUCGGAAUCGACGAGCACAACACAUGAUACAACUACUGGACCUCCUGGUGAUCUGGUUCUGGUCAGAGAGAAUCUGACCUGGAAAGAAGCUCUGAAACACUGUAGAGAGAAGAACAUGGAUCUGGUCUCGGUGCACUCUGAGGAGGUCCAGAGGUCAGUGGUGGAGGUGGCCAAAAACGCCUCCACUAGUCACGUAUGGCUGGGUCUGCGUCACAUCUGCACUCUAGAUCUGUGGUUCUGGGUGAGUGGAAUAUUCACCUGCUACGAGAACUGGGCUCCAGGUCACGAGAUGGGAGUGGAAGACUGCUGCACUGGAGAGAGAACCGGAGCAGUGCAGACUGGAGGAGAGCAUCAGUGGGUCAGUCUGCCGGAGAAUCAGACUCUCAACUUCAUCUGCAGCAGAUACUAAGAGGAUUUUAAAAUGGGAAUUCCAUAUUGUGAUGGAUGAAGACUGAAGAGAUUUGAUCCCCGAUCCCAAUUUUUUUUUCCAGGUUUUUUUAGUUUUCAAGUGCAAGUCAUGUUCUUAUGGUAUUCCCACUGCAGACAAAGUGUUUUACCCAUUUUAAUACUGUUUUCAGAUUUGUGCUCAGUGGAGCUAGUAAAGGAAAAUGUAACGUUCCAAUAUGAGGAUAUAGUGGGGAAAGUCGAUGUCUUAUUUGCAUUUUAAACAUAAUGUAGCAGCUGGAAUAAAGCUUUGUAGAUUUUUCCUUUUUAAAUUUGAAAACACAGUUUAAAGUUUGUGAACAUUUCACGAUGAAUCAAUUGAAAUGAUCCUGAUUUGCUUGCCAUGUAGAUUUUGGGGAUUUGGAGACCUCUCUGGUGGAAAUGUGUAAUUGCAACAUGUGGUAGAACAUUUUAUAACGUGGGUUGUGCUUUGGCCCCCUUCCCCAAGUGGAUGAAUCUGAUGAUUGAAAGAGAAUUGAAAGGAGAUUCAGUCAAAACUUGGUGAAUUAUCUGCUAUUAUCAUUUUGUCAUCGGUAUAAUGUUGAUUUUGGAUUUGGGAACUAAACAUCAAGCCAGACCUUCUCUUUGAGUCUGUGCAUGUGAUGUUAACACGUAAAGGCGUAUGACGUGAUGUGAAAACUCUCGACUCGACACCUCUUACUAUUAAACUAUUAUUUCAGGCUUUACAGCGUGCCUUUUCUCCUGACUCAGUAAUGCGACAUCUAUCAGUUUUAUCUAUAAAAUCUUAUAUUGUGCAGCUUUAAUUUGUAUUGAUAUGUUAAGAAUGUUUUUCUUUUCCUGUAACUUUGCUUUCUUGGAAAUUCAGGUUUUGACAGUGUUGGUGUAUUCGAUGCUUCUGUCACUAUUUUAAAGUAUAAACAGAUUCUGUCACUAUUUCCUGUAUAGAUAGAUGGCACAACAACUGGAUAAAAACUGAUUUUCAGCUUUUUAGUUUGACGUUAUGGUAUAGUUUGCCCAUAUCAGGUUUUAAAUUGCCUCUUAAAUAUCGAGUACAUUCAAUCUAGCUACAGUAGGAAAAGUUCCACUGUGGAAACAUCAGUAAAGAUACUUACUGGCCACCUCAUUAGAAAACAUCCUAUAAAAAAAAAAAAAAAAAUGUUCAUAAAAGUUCAUUCGUGUUUUUCUAUUGACUGUUUCACUGUUUCUUAUAUUGUGCUCACAGUUUAGGUUGAAAAAAAAUGGCACCAAGAUGAAAGAUUUUGUCUUGAUGUGAAAUUAUUGUUGUUGCACACAUGAAGAAACGAGGCUCCCUCGUGUGUAAAGCUGUAGUUUCAUUUUAUUUCUGCAACCAAAGAGAAAGUUCUAGCAUGUUCUCCACACUGCACUGAAAAAGCUGUGUGAGCUUUGAGAAAAGGGAGUGGCAAAAUAGAGUUACUCAUUAGUGCAAAUCGCCCCCUACUGCCCAUUUAAUGGAACUGUUAUCAAUGAAUGAACAACUCAUGACUAAGUAAGCUAAAAAUAAAAGAAUAAAAAAAAUAAAUAAAAGACUGAGGGUUCUCUCUGUUGUUAUAGCCUCACACUGUAUUUAAACACAGUUCAUUUUCAUUUCUAGAACAUUUUUAUUUUCAUAGUGGUUUGGUUUUAGCAACACUAUUUUGGAUUUUAUUCAUUUUAUUAAUUAAGUAGAAGGUUUUGUUUGAGCUUUUUAAUGUAAAUGGACUGUUUUGGGUGAGUCGAUGUGGAAUGAGUUUUAUGUACUAGUUUGGGUA